AAGUUUUCCCUUAUCCAGAAAUUAGCAAUGAAGAACUAGAGGAGAUCAACCAGUUUGUAGGACCUGUAGAAAAAUUCUUCAGUGAAGAAGUGGACUCUAAGAAGAUUGAUCAAGAUGCAAAAAUCCCACCUGAGACUUUAAAAGGCCUGAAGGAUCUGGGUCUCUUUGGCAUGCAGAUUCCAGAGGAAUAUGGCGGUCUUGGUCUGUCCAAUACCAUGUAUGCACGUUUGGGAGAAAUCACGUCUUUGGAUGGAUCUAUCGCAGUUACUCUGGCAGCCCAUCAAGCUAUUGGGCUUAAGGGAAUCCUCAUUGCUGGCACUGAUGAACAGAAAGCAAAGUACCUGCCUAGACUGGCAUCUGGGGAGCACAUUGCAGCUUUUUGUCUCACUGAACCUGGCAGCGGCAGUGACGCUGCGUCCAUCCAGACGAGAGCAACCCUCAGCGACGAUGGGAAAUACUUCCUCCUGAACGGCUCCAAGGUCUGGAUAUCAAACGGUGGCCUUGCUGAUAUUUUCACGGUAUUUGCUAGGACAGAGGUUGUUGACAAGGAUGGACAAUUGAAAGACAAAAUUACGGCUUUCAUCGUAGAGCGGGAUUUUGGUGGAGUCACCCAUGGGAAACCUGAGGAUAAGUUGGGCAUUCGAGGAUCCAAUACCUGUGAAGUACAUUUUGAAAACACAAAAGUGCCUAUAGAGAAUGUGAUUGGAGAAGUAGGAGGGGGAUUUAAGGUUGCCAUGAACAUCCUGAACAGUGGAAGAUUCAGCAUGGGCAGUGCAUCUGCUGGGAUGAUUAAAAAACUGAUCGAAAUGACAGCAGAGUACGCUUGUACCAGGAAACAAUUCAAUAAGAGACUGAGCGAGUUUGGAUUAAUUCAGGAGAAGUUUUGUUUUAUGGCUGUGAAAGCAUAUGUAAUGGAGAGUAUGGCUUACCUCACUGCAGGCAUGAUGGACAGGCCAGGCUUUCCAGACUGCUCCGUGGAGGCAGCCAUGGUCAAGGUGUUCAGCUCGGAAGGUGCGUGGGCUUGUGUCAGUGAAGGGCUGCAGAUUCUCGGCGGCCUUGGCUACAUGAAGGAUUACCCCUAUGAACGCUACCUGCGAGACACCAGGAUACUGCUCAUUUUUGAGGGAACAAAUGAAAUUCUGCGAAUGUAUAUUGCUUUGACGGGUAUGCAGUACGCAGGCAAAAUCUUAACUGACAAAAUUAAAGAGAUCAAGAAAGGAAACGUAGGCGUGGCGCUGGGCGAGUUUCUGAACAAGUUACGGGACACGAUGGGCAGAAAAGUGGAUUUGGGGGUAGUCGGUGACCAUGGAGUGGUGCAUCCCAGCCUCCAGGAAAGUGGCAAGAAACUUGAAGAAAACGUUUACUAUUUUGGCACUACAGUGAGAGGGCUGCUGAGCAGGUUUGGCAAGACAAUCGUGGAUGAGCAGCUGGUUCUGAAGAGAGUGGCAGAUGUAGUUAUUAAUUUAUAUGCGAUGACAGCAGCCAUCUCCAGAGCGAGCCGGUCUAUCAGCAUCGGUCUGAGGAACCACGACCAUGAAGUGCUUCUUACAAAUAUCUUCUGCUCCGAAGCAUAUUUCAAGAAUAAUUAUGCCAUGGCGCAAUUACAGAAAUAUGCGGAUGAAAAUCUGGAUGACUUUAUCAAAAAAGCUGCAAAGCAGGUACUGGAAAAGAGAUCCUACAUCUGUUCUCAUCCUCUGGACAGGACAUUCUGA